CUUCAAAGAGAAAGGAAUACCAACUAUAAAACUCAGUAGCCCAAAGCUGCCAUUGUUCCUCAUUGCCAAGGAGUUGACUUACAGAGAUCAGAAGAAAGGAAAGGAAACGCCAUGAGCCGUAGCACCAACAAUUUGACGAGGAUGCUGGGAAAUCAGCAAACUCGACCAGACUAUAGUGCCCGUCUUCCUUGGUAUCUUUCCCAUGAAGCCACUUCAGAUGCCAAUUAUUUAGUACAUGAUCCAUGGAGCCCAUUAGAGGAGAGACUGCUCCUCAGCUUGGCAAGUUUUCCACGACAACCUCCACCGCUUCAAAUUCUAGUCUUGGAUGAUGAAAUUGCAAGAGAGUUGAACCGCAGGCCCCGAGAACCGCCUACAGCCUUUGCUGGGCCAUGGACAAGGCAGGCUUCUCCGUAUCAGGAGCAAUCCAAAUUGACUCAAGAUGAGCAAAAGGUAGCCUUACAAAAGCUAAAGAAGGAAAUCUACAAUCCUAUGCCAAAGAUAAUUUCCAGGAGAUUGAGCUUGUUUUACCAAGACAAUGACACAUACCAUGUGAGUGAGAAGAGAAAGGAGCAUGAAGACCUGAAGAGGUGUGCCAUCUGCCUAGAAGAUUUCGAGCCCAGAGAGCAGGUGCUGCUCACCCCAUGCAACCAUAUGUUCCAUGAGGAUUGCAUCGUUCCCUGGGUGAAGAACCAUGGCCAGUGCCCAGUAUGUCGGUUUGCGAUAUGCGACCGAAUGAAACAGAGCACAGCACCCUCGAACAAUAACAUGCCUGUGAUCUAUUUCUAAGUCAGAUUAUUUCCUAUAUGGACCAUGGAUAAAGCUUUUCGGUCAGGCAAUGCAAACCUCAUAAUAUGCAUGAUAUCAAACGGGAAAGACAUCCACAGAAAUUAUUGGCAGUACUGCUAUUGCCAUUCAUCGUGUUGGCCAUCCGGCAAAAGCUUUCCUUCUUGCUUCAAGAUCAUCGUUUGCGCAAAGAACAAAGAAAAGCUGGGAAGGAAAGAUAGUUAUAGCGUGGAAAUUAAGGAGAUUUGAUAAAGCAGUCAUCUAGGAAUUAAAUAAGAGAAUAAUAUGGGCCUUGGCUAGUUACAGCUGAAUGCCCAAAAAAGGAUACCUGUAGCUGAUCAUAUUUGUAUACAACAAGUAAGAAAUUACAAUCAUUAAAAUAGUACCUUCAUUUCA